ACACACCUGAGCAUUACCUACUACUAGUUCUAAAUUUACUUAUUUACCUCUCGCAAGAACCCACCAACACCAGGACCAACACCCUUUUCCCCCCAGAGUUAAUCGAGUUUGUUAGGCAGAGAGUCUUCCAUUCAUCACUUCAACUCUCUGUUUCCCAAAUUCAAAACCCUAACAAUCCCUAGCGGAAUGGCUCUAUGGUCCAUUCUAACGGAAACGAUCAACCACUACACGGGGCUGUCGCCGGCGACGUUCUUCACCAUAGCGGCGCUGAUGGUAGUGACUUACAAGGUGGUGUGCAGCAUGUUCGUGGCAGCCGAAGAUUAUGUGGCGGUCAAAAAAUCCAAUGAGUUUGUUGUGCGUGAGCCGGUACAGCUUGGCGAUGUUACCGAGGAGGACCUCAGAGCUUAUGAUGGUUCUGAUCCGAACAAGCCCUUACUCAUGGCCAUCAAGGGACAGAUCUAUGAUGUUUCUCGCUCUAGGAUGUUUUAUGGUCCUGGUGGGCCCUACGCCCUUUUUACAGGUCGAGAUGCAAGCCGAGCCUUGGCUCUCAUGUCAUUUGAUCCCAAAGACCUUACCGGGAACAUAGAAGGUCUGAGUGCUUCAGAAUUGGAAGUUCUGCAAGACUGGGAAUAUAAAUUUAUGGAGAAGUAUGUCAAGGUGGGGCAGAUAGUUCUGAAUAGAAACGAUAAUGGGAAUGAAGUCGAGGCUAGUAAAACUGAUGGGAAUGAAUCACAGGAGAACGUAACUGAAGGAAUUGAUGCUAGUAAAUGAAGGAAAUGAGGCAAAGUAGAAGCUGCCAUGUAUGGCUGACAAUUUUCUUAUGCUGUCUCAUUAUUUCUUUGAACGGGUAUACUGGUACAGAACAUGCUUGUAAACUGAUGUAUCAUAGUGAACGUCCUGUUAUAGGCUUUGUUUGGCUACUUAAAAAUUGCGUUGGACUUCUUUCUUAAUAUGUUUUACUUGUAUGACUUUUUAACUUUA